CCCUGGGUGGGGCUUCAGAGGAGGAACCAGACCGACCAGCCGGGCUUGAGGAUGUGGACCUGGGGCUUCAGAGGAGGAACCAGACCGACCAGCCUGAAGAUGAAUGAUGUUCCACAGUGUAGACGUAGUGUCGAUGUUAGCGUAUCCCUCUCCUAGCGGCCGGAUCCAUAGCAGGAGCCUACCGGGGCAGAAAGACCUUCAAUAAACUGGACCAGAUUAUUCUUCAGACUUACACACUCAACAAUGCAAUUGACCGUGUGCGAGCCCGCUGGUACGUCCUCGGCUGCGGCCAUGGACCCCGCCCAGCAGGCCGGCCCCCAGCAGGGCUCCUGUAAGGCCCCGGAGUCUGGGGCUUCUCGGGACGACCUCACAACAGACACCAACAAUGAAUCCUCCGAGGAGGAAUCGGCAGGAGACAGGGAAGAACAGAUCAGAGAUGGUAAAGACAUCGUCAUUACCACCUCCAACACAGAAAGAGCGACCACGCGGCGCCCGGACUCCCUCUCGGUGGUGGCGGCGGGAGGCUCCGCCCUCUGGACCUGCCAGCGUGACGGCGAGGUGACGCUGAGGACGGGCGAGUCCGGCAUGGCCGCCGAGACGCCGCUCACCGUCAACCAGAUGUUCGCCGCCUCCGUGGAGCGUUUCUCCGACCUCAUGGCGCUCAGCUGGAAGGAGGGCGAGCAGCGGCAGAGCCUCACCUGGAGGGAGUACUACCAGAGCUGCCGCACGGCCGCCCGCGCCUUCCUCAAGCUUGGCCUGGAGCGUUACCACGGCGUUGGCAUCCUGGGCUUCAACUCCGCUGAGUGGUUCAUCGCUGACAUCGGGGCCAUUUUGGCAGGUGGCUUCGGCGUUGGCAUCUACACCACCAACUCGGCCGAGGCCUGCCAGUACGUGGCGGACAACUGCAAGGCCAACGUCAUCGUGGUGGAGAACAACAAACAGCUGCAGAAGAUCUUACAGGUCCAGGAUCAGCUGCCCCACCUUAAGGCCAUCGUCCAAUACAAAGACGAGCUCAAGGAGAAGAGGCCAAACAUGUACACGUGGGCAGAGUUCAUGGCCCUGGGCCGCGAUGAGCCCGACACUCUGCUAGACAGCAUCAUCUCCAGUCAGAAGCCCAACCAGUGCUGCACCCUCAUCUACACCUCGGGAACCACGGGCCAGCCCAAAGGAGUCAUGCUGAGCCACGAUAACCUCACCUGGACGGCGGGUGCCACCUGCCGCCACGUGGGCCUGACGGACGCCACCCGGUCCCAGGAGGUGGUGGUCAGCUACCUGCCCCUCAGCCACAUCGCCGCCCAGAUGGUGGACAUCUGGGUCACCAUGAAGGUGGGCGGGGCCACCUACUUCGCCCAGCCGGAUGCCCUGAAGGGCUCGCUGGUGCUCACCCUGAAGGAGGUGCGACCCACGGCCUUCAUGGGCGUGCCGCGUGUCUGGGAGAAGAUGCAGGAGAAGAUGAAGUCGGUCGGGGCCAAGUCGUCCACCCUGACGCGGAAGGUCGCGUCCUGGGCCAAGGAGGUGGGCCUGCAGACCAACCUCAGCAAGAUGAACCAGACCGGAGCAGCCGGCCGUUCUCCACUCAACUACCGGCUGGCCAAGAAGCUGGUGUUCAAGAAGGUGCGCAAGGCGCUGGGCCUGGACCGCUGCCUGCGCUGCUACACGGGGGCGGCGCCCAUCACCAAGGACACGCUGCAGUUCUUCCUCAGCCUGGACGUGCCGCUCUACGAGCUGUACGGCAUGAGCGAGAGCUCGGGCCCGCACAGCAUCUCUCUGCCCGGCGCCUUCCGGCUCACCAGCUGUGGGAAGGAGAUUGAAGGCUGCAAAACGAAGAUCCACAACCCGGACUUGGAGGGCAUCGGGGAGAUCUGCUUCUGGGGGCGCCACCUCUUCAUGGGGUACCUGAACCAGUACGAGCGCACGGAGGAGGCGCUGGACGCAGAGGGCUGGCUGCACUCGGGCGACCUGGGGAAGCACGACGACAACGACUUCCUCUUCAUCACCGGGCGCAUCAAAGAGCUCAUCAUCACGGCCGGAGGGGAGAACAUCCCCCCCGUUCCCAUCGAGGACGCGGUGAAGGAGACGGUGCCGCUGGUCAGCAACGCGAUGCUGAUCGGAGACAAGAGGAAGUUCCUGUCGAUGCUGCUCACUGUCAAGGGCCAGCUGAACGAGGAGACGGGCGUGCCGACCGACGAGCUGACGGCGGAGGCCGUGGAGGUGUGUCAGCGGCUGGGCAGCUCCGCCACGCGGGUGUCCGAGGUAUGCGGCGGGCGCGACCGCGCCGUGCACGCCGCCAUUCAGGAGGGCAUCAACCGCGUCAACGAGCGCGCCGCCUCCAACGCCCAGCGGGUCCAGAAGUGGGUGGUGCUCGACCGAGACUUCUCCAUCAUCGGGGGCGAGCUCGGUGAGUCGGUGGGGGCGGGGCUAGGAAAAAACGUAACGACCUCUGACCCUGGCUCUGCUCGGGUGACUCCUCCUCUCUGGGUCAGUCCACUCUUUGGGGACAGGGGAGUCUCUGGGUCAGUCAACUCC